UAAGGCGCGCUCGCGGGCGCCUAACAGAUCUGGGAGGAAGGGUCCUGCGGCCGGAAGCCGGAAGUCGAAAACCGGAAGGGGGGCUGUGAGCACGUGUUUCGAAGAGGUCGGAGUUGCGGCCGCGGGUUGGCGACAUGGAGCCGUUGUACCAGCAAACGCACAAGCAGGUCCAUGAGAUCCAGUCUCACAUGGGACGCCUGGAGACAGCAGACAAGCAGUCUCUGCACUUAGUAGAAAAUGAAAUACAAGCAAGCAUAGACCAAGUAUUCAGCCAUCUAGAGCGUCUGGAGAUUUUGUCCAGCAAGGAGCCUCCUAAUAAAAGACAGAAUGCCAAACUGCGAGUAGACCAGUUAAAGUAUGAUGCCCAGCACUUGCAGACCGCUCUUAGAAACUUCCAGCAUCGGCGCUAUGCCAAGGAACAGCAGGAGAGACAGCGAGAGGAGCUUCUGUCUCGCACCUUCACCACUAAUGACUCCGACACCACCAUACCAAUGGAUGAAUCACUGCAGUUUAACUCCUCCCUCCACAACAUUCACCACAGCAUGGAUGACCUCAUUGGAGGCGGGCACAGUAUUCUGGAGGGACUGAGGGCCCAGAGGCUGACUUUGAAGGGGACUCAGAAGAAGAUCCUUGACAUUGCCAACAUGCUGGGCUUGUCCAACACAGUGAUGCGCCUCAUUGAAAAGCGGGCUUUCCAGGACAAGUACUUCAUGAUCGGCGGGAUGUUCCUCACCUGUGUGGUCAUGUUCCUUGUGGUGCAGUACCUGACAUGAUCCAGCCAUGCCCAGUAGCUGGACAACAUUCCCACUGAAUGAGAGUGAGUGAGUGUAUAUGUGCGUGAGAGAAAAGAGGGCUGUGUGGAGGCCACCUUUUGAAAUGUAUGCCCGCCUUAACUGUGAAGACCACUCAGGAUUAAUUGUGAUCCAGUUUCAAACAUGUUUCCUGUGACAUCUUUAAAGGAGACCUAGUGCCACCAAGAUACAUAGUCCUUAGGAAACGAAAAAGGUCUGUUUUCUCUCUCACUCUCACUGUGGGAAGGAAGGAAUGGCUUUGGUGGCUGUGUCCACACCCUGGAAGCCUGCUACAGUGAGCCUUGUGUGUGGGACUGUCCACGCUGUUUAUACUCAUCAUCUGGCCUUUGUGGCUUCUAGUGGGUAACCAGGAGUACAGAUGAAGAGGAGAGGAAAGAAGCCUUCUUUCCUUGUACCCAUUAUAGAUUGAUUCACAUGCUCUUGCUUCUUGCCACCCUCUCCACCCUACCUCCCCCAAAAAUGACAUGUAGAUGACUAACUGCUGACAUUCAUCAUCCUUCCCUAGAAGCAGCUACCCAGGGGAAGCAGAAACAGGGAAGCUAUUGCUGAUAACAAGUAAGCUUUUCCAUACUACAGUUGCUGGGUGUCCUUCCUGAAGUGAGGCCAGAGUAGUUCCCUGGGAGUGUUCAGUUGGAGACUAAAGGCCUGAGUUACUGAAUUUUUUUCCAGUUGUUAGUAAAAUGGUUGAUUCUUAGGUUUUGUUUGUUUGGGGUUUUUUGGCACCAGGGAUCGAACUCCGGACCUUGCGCUUGCGAGGCAGGCAGUGGAACCACUGAGCUAAAUCCCCAGCCUAGAUUCUUAGGUUUAGCUACAUCUUGACACCUAUGCCCAGGCCUUGGUGGACCUUUUCCCCUUAGAAUGUAGCAAUGAGCAAAGGUUAGCAAUUUGUCAGUUACAAUCUCAUCUCUAAUUUUAACAACUCUAAUUCUUGCCUUUCUUCUCUCAUUUGAAAUAUAUUAGCAACUGCCAGCCAAGCCCCUAGUCUACCCAGCCAGAGUAGGACACCCUGCAGAUCUUCUUGGUGUGUAUGUCCUUGUGAGAAGGUUUUCAGGGACCAAGACCUUGUUUAUUCUCUGCUCAGCCCUGGGUCAAGGCUGUACCAAUACCCAGUGUAUUGUGCAGUUUAUUACAAAGUCAGUCAAUCUGGAAGUCCAUUGAAUGUGAUUAAUCAACGAAAGUACUAGCAAGACCCAGUUAUGUGUUCGUCAAGGGCCCUGCCUCCCUGCUAACCCUAGGCAGAGUAGACUCAUGACAAAACAACAUGCAAAGUUCCCCAAAAGGACUGAAAACCUGGUCAGUAUUAACCUUACCUUUGAUUGUCUUGCCCCACUUACUUGCAAUGUUUUGUUCCUUUUUGCUUGAACUUUUUCCUCUUUACUGUAUAUAUUCCAGUCUACCUCCCUUUCCUGUUUCUAUACCAAUAUUUGUCUCUUCAGACACAUCUGUGGCAUAGUUCCCCCUUUGGUGAAUUUUUUUCAUUGUCACGGGUUUUUAACACAAGUCUCACACUUCUGGUCAGAUAGGAUAUCUGUUGCACCUAUUCUGGGCCAAACAACCUUAGAUUUCCAGGAAGGAAGAGUGGCCUCUUUUUAAAAUGUUCAACAACCCUGCUGAAUGAAAAUGGCGGUCUAGAGUGGGGACAGAGGGAUUGCAGCACCUUCACAACUAGACCUGACUUUGAGAGGACACCAUUUGAAAUUUUUAUUUCACCUAAUGGAGGUCUUGGAAGGCUGAAAAAUGGAUUUUUAGACUGCACAGAAUUGGCUGUCCUGUUCCCUGGAAACUUGAGGAUCCUGCCAGACAACACACUUUGGAGGAAAGUGUGCCAGUCACAGCUGAGACACUGGACUUGAACUCUGGGAGGCAGAAUCUUCUCCAGCCACCUGCCCUCUCGCUGAUAGGACAACUUUUGGUAGUGUAUACCAGUAUGUUUCCACACUUGCCUUUAUAGUGAUCAUUGGACUUGAACCUUCAUGCUGCCUCUUCAAAGCCAAUUCUCCCUACUUUGGAAUAAAACCUGUGGGUCUUUACUGCCUGGGGCUAGGGGGCAAAAGCCAGUGCAUCUGGAGACCCCCACACACUGAGCCAGUCCCUCACUUUUGCAUUCCGUGCCAGGUGAGAAACAGUGCAGCUAUUUCCAGGAUGUAGGCAAGGGUCCUAGGCCAGGGGAGGAGUGCCCUCUAGUGGCGUUGGUGGUGGUGAGUUCUUAGGUGGAGCUGGCUGAAACUUCAGCAGGUAGCCUCUGCCACCUGGUGUAAGAGUUGGCAUGCUUCUGUUUUGAAACAUGGGCUGUGAGGAGGAACCUGGAAUAUAUUACGGGGAUGUGUAUUCCAGGUGUGUCCACUUUAAGAAAGCCAAACUUGAGAGAGAGUCUUGACUUUAUAGAAAGUUUCAUUGCUGAGUUUUUUCCUAAAGCCCCUUGAUCUUUUGAAUUUCAAUAGAUUUGACUUGCAAAUUUGGAUUUACACUCAUUUUUUUGGGAACAUCAGCUGAAUAAAGUUGAGAUUUAUUUUAUUUAGAAAAUUA